GCCUAACCGCCAUCGCUGCUUCCCUAUAAAAAAAAAAAAACUGAAAUCCAGACCAUCUCAGAAAAAUCCCCACAAAAAAACAUUAUUACAAAAUUAAGAAUCUGCGAGACGCCAUGGUCGAUCCACCGCAGGAAAUCGGAGGAACGAUUCAAAGCAUUAACGGCGAUACAAAUACGCCUCAUCAAUCGUCGCAUCCACUGUCGGUCGCCGACAUCCACGUCGACGGCGUGACAUUCCCCGCCUCCGUCGCCCCGCCGCCGGCGUCCAAGCUCUCUCACUUCCUCGGCGGUGCUGGCGUGAGGGGACUGGAGAUUGAAGGCAAUUUCGUGAAGUUCACGGCGAUUGGAGUGUACGUAGAGGACACGGCGGUGUCGGUGCUGGCUGCAAAUUGGAAGGGGAAAACCGCCGAGGAGCUCAACCUCGCCGUCGGAUUCUUCCGCGACAUCGUUUCAGGACCAUUCGAGAAGUUCACAAGGGUGACGAUGAUCCUGCCGUUAUCAGGCGCACAGUACUCAGAGAAAGUGGUGGAGAAUUGCGUGGCGGCAUGGAAAGCCAGAGGAGUUUACACCGACGCAGAGGCUAAAGCCACCGAGAAAUUCCUCGAAGUCUUCAAAGAUCAAAACUUUCCUCCUCGAGCCUCCAUUCUCUUCACCCAAUUCCCCCAAGGAUCGCUCGCUGUGAGUCACAACUCGCACACCCAAAUAAGCCAUAAGCUACACUGUAAACUUUGUCGUGUAAGCUAACGGAAGAGGAAUUGUUGAACUUUUUGUUUUUUCAGAUAAGCUUCUCCAAGGACGGGUCGGUGCCGGAGACUGCGGUGGCGGUGAUAGACAACAAGCCGCUCUCGGAGGCGGUGCUGUGGUCGAUCAUCGGUGAUCACGGCGUGUCCCCUGCUGCGAAACAGAGCUUGGCCGAGAGGUUUUCCGGGUUGCUCAAGGAUUGAGACGAACGAGUGGAUGAUUUGAUGUUUGACGCUUUGGGGUUUUUUGGUUUGUUAUCGUGAAUUAGCUAGCGGGCAGACUUUCAUGUUGUUGUUUAUUAAUAAUGAUCAAAUCUAAGCUUCCCCUGCCAAAACUCCAUGCGCCUGUUUCAAGGUACUCUGUUUUCUUCACUACAUUGGCAGUGGUGUUCGUUGAGUUUUUAAUCCAAAAUCUGUUGUCUGUGAGAUCCAUGGCUGAGGAAAUCAGACAAAAACCAAACAAUUCCGGUG